UUCUGUUUUGGCUUGAUGGUCAUCCGAUACAGUUUAGUUAUUCUUUUUGAAUUGUAUUUGCUUGGAAUCGAAGGAAGCAACGAAGCCAUGGAUGAAUUGGUGAAGAUGUGCCGGGUGUGUAUGGACGAGCCGAAGGACCUGCUAGACAUCUACGACAACAAGAGCUUGGGGGACAGACUGAGCGACGAUCUACAGCGAACCAAGGAACCGGAGCCCACGCCGGCUGAUUUGCUGAAUAUCUGCAGCGCAUAUCCAGUGGAUACCGGGGACGGCUUUCCGCUGAAAAUUUGCGAACCGUGCCUUAUUAAAUUGCGUGAGGCCUUGAGAUUCAGGAGACGCUACACAAGGACCAUGGAAUACGUGGCGCGCGUGAAGAGGGAGCAAAGCGACAAGGAGACAUGCGAUCUCCUGGAGGCCGAGGAUUGGGAUUUUACGGAUCGCAUCAAGAGCGAGGAGGAGGAGGAGGAGGACGAUGGGGACCGGAACGAUAAGCAGCCGAAGAAGGAGACUCGCAACGAGGUGGAUAAGAGGCGGCCCUUCAAAUGCACCGACUGCCAAAAAAGUUUCACCGGCAAGGCCCAGUUGACCAUGCACAGGCGCACCCACACCAAAGGAUCCACAAGGACCAGACGAAAAGCUCUUAAAUAGUCCUUGGCAACGCUUGGCAAAAUGUAGCCAACUAAAAUAGUAAUUAAUCAUCUUGUAUCAUCGUUUUAAAAAUAAGUUCGAUAUAUUUUUAAAGUAGAAACAAGUUAGCGACUAAUAAUGAAAGUACAUAUGGAGUGUAGUUUUAAAAACAAUUUCAUGUUCUCAUAUUGACAAUAAGAUAAUAAAGAAAUGAUAAUCGGAUCGAUUCACAACAGUU